ACGCGCCGUGGCUGCCGUCUACUGCGGCGUAGAAUCGAGACGAGGCGAAUGAGCCACUCUUCGCAGGGGGCGCUGCGGUUCUUCCCCUUCUCCGCUCGCAGGCACGCACUCACUCACUCACCCGUCCCGUAUGUGUGGCAGUUUGUUUUGACGAUGCACGCUGGAUAGAUACUGCGGCGCUGUCAUGCGCGCGUGAAGAAGUUAUCAUCUCGAUUAAUCGAAAAGUGAUCUCCGGCGACACCUCCCCCCCUCCCCGUCACUGUGCUUCAAUCACGCACCGACAGCUCCCGAUCUUGGCACGGACAUGUCGACGCAAUACAGCAAGCGUCUCAACGAGCUUCGGCGCGCGUUCAAGUUGGGCAAGACGCGACCUGCGAGCUACAGGGUCCAACAACUCAAGGCUUUGGACAGGUUUCUCGUCGACUAUCACGACGCGUUCGUGCAGGCUCUCAAAGAGGACUUGAACAAGAACAAGUUUGAGAGCAUCCUGUUCGAGAUCAACUUCACCCGAAAUGAGAUCAAAGGCACCAUCAUGGAGAUCGAGAAAUGGAUGAAACCCGAAAAGGCGGCGAAGAACAUCAUGUUGAUAAUGGACGAGGCGCUGGUGCACAGCGAGCCGUAUGGCGUGGCGCUGAUCAUCGGGGCCUGGAACUACCCGCUGCAACUGACCCUCUGCCCACUGAUCGGAGCCAUUGCGGCAGGAAACUGUGCGGUGAUCAAGCCUUCGGAGAAUGCGGCUGCCACGGCCAAGGUCAUCGAGGAGCUCGUCCCUAAGUACCUUGAUCCGGAAUGCUACACCGUGGUGACUGGGGGCCCCAAGGAGAGCUCGGAGCUGCUGACCGAGAAGUUUGACUACAUCUUCUACACGGGCUCCAUCAACGUCGGCAAGAUCAUCUACGAGGCUGCACAGAAGCACCUGACUCCCGUCACGCUCGAGCUCGGCGGGAAAAGCCCCGUGUACCUGGAUGAAGGCCUGGACAUGGAGGUGGCCUGCCGGCGGCUCAUGUGGGGCAAGCAUGUCAACGCCGGCCAGACCUGCGUGGCCCCGGACUACGUGCUGUGCCACCAGGCGGCCUACGCGGACUUUGUGGACACCUGCAAGAGGGUCAUCACAGAGUUCUACUCGGAGGACCCCAAGGCCAGCCCGGACCUGGGACGCAUCAUCAACACCAACCACGUCAAGAGAAUAGCCAAGCUGCUGAAUGGCACCCGACCGGCCAUGGGCGGCGAGGUGGACGAGGACACCAAGUACAUCGCGCCCACCCUGCUCACCGACGUCAAGCCCACGGAUCCCAUCAUGCAGGAAGAGAUCUUCGGUCCGGUGCUGCCGAUCCUGAGGGUGCAGAGUGCGGACGAGGCGAUUCAGUUCAUCAACGAGAGGGAGAAGCCGCUCACGCUGUACGUGUUUUCCAAGUCCCAGAAGGUGAUAGACCGCUUCAUGCAAGAGACGUCCAGUGGAAGCAUGUGCGCCAACGACACCCUCGUCCACCUGUCAGUGGACACGCUCCCCUUUGGCGGAGUGGGGCCAAGUGGCAUGGGGCGCUACCACGGCAAGUACAGCUUCGACACCUUCUCUAACAAGAAGGCGGUGCUGGUGCGCAACUUCAACCCCAUCGGGGAGGCGUUUGGCCGCAAGCGCUACCCGCCCCUCAACGACUCCAAGCUGGCCUACUUCCGGCAGCUGCUGGCCAAGCGGUCCUCCCCCUUUGGCGGGCUCUGCAGCCACAUGCCCUACUUGAUCGUCUUCAUGCUCGGCAUCGCCUCGGCCUUUGCGCUCCGCUACGUCCUCAACGACACUAAACACGCCAAGGAGAUGCCGUGACUGUGCACGUUGCUGGGCAAGGCCUUUGGGAAGGAGAUCUAGGGUGGCCACGCUUGGCGAUUUGGAAGACAGAAAGCACCGAGCGAAGACGUCGCGGUCAUUCUCAUUUUGUGGACCAGUUUUUGACGAGUUCCUUUCUUACAAUUUUUUUUUCUUCUCUAUUUGUUUGAAGUCUAGUUUGCACAGAGUCGUCCUUAGCUUACUGUGAUGUAUAUAACAUUGUUUCCUUAGAGAGAUUGCCUUUAUUUUGCGCCGACGACAUGCACUCUUGCGGUGCUGUGCUGUCGCAGUUUGCUUCGAGGUUUCGAGCAAGAAUGGAGAGAGAUGUCCAGAACUGGUCCAGGAGACUGUGUUGGAAGCAUUGCUGGGGAGAAAAGAACCUGCCAUAGUGUGAAGCACUUUUAGGCUAGCCUUAACGUGCACUGGCAGGGCAACUCAUUUCUCGGCCACAGACUUUAGUACGGAUUCAGACUUUUUACGACAUAUGUGAAACCUGUGUAGAGAUUUUCAAUAAAGAAACUUAACAAUGUUGA